AUGAAGUGUAAGAACGUGUGCUGCCUGUGCUUCCGUCUCGACCCGGAUCCGGAACCCCGUUACGAUGUAAUAGAGGACGAAGGCGAGUUCGUGCACGUAAUAGAGAACUUGAUAAUAAAAACGGUUCCCACUUCUAUGAUUAAGGCAAUCAACGAUGAAAUUAGGGCUGUGUCAAUGCAAAAAUUGAAAUCGGUAUCCGUGCAUUCACAUCACGAGUCAUUUUAUAACCUGACAUCAUUAGCUGACGUUAUGUCGGAUCCGGAGGUCCUUGAAGAACAUAAGGAGCCUCCUCCUCCGGCCGAACCGAAAGUCUACAAGGUGGCGCCCGUUAUAGUACCACCGAAGGAAUAUUAUGUGAGCAAUAUGGGAGUUGUACCUUUCGGAGGUUCUAUGAAUAUACCGAUGCAAGAUUAUCCCCAAUGGCACAAUCUCAUACCCCUUGACACCAAGAAAGAAUUUAAUACACCCACCACGAAUCGUAAAUCUGUUAACAAGAAUAUAGUUGGUUACACUUCAAUGAUCUAUCCUAAAUUCAAGGAACAGCAAGAGAUUGAUGAGUCUACUUCACCGGCAGAAAUACGAAAAACUAUUGAAAGGCUGCAAAACGAAUUUUCUCAAGUGAAUAAAAUCCUGGUGAAUUAUCCCAAUGAAAAUAAAGUCAGCGUACAUAAAGUCCAAGGCAAAAAACAAACAAAUGAUUCACCUGAGUGUAGGAAACGUUUCGCUUGUUCCCAUAAUGAACAACCUACUGUUUUCUACGUCAAUGAGGAAGUACCUUUAAAUGACAGCAUGCCAAGUUCUACUCAUGCAGGAACUGACCUCACUUUGGAUACAAAGAGCAGUGGACCGGUGGCUGAGAUCUCACAAAUGAAAGGGGACAACCUUAAUUGGAAGAUAAUUAUUAAGCCCCAUAAAAGUAGAAGACAAAGUGAAGAUACAACUCAAGCAAGUACCAGCAAAAAUUAAAUGAUAAUUCAUUUAUUUUUAAUCAAUUUAUUUAAUAAACGUUAAUUAUCACAUUUAAAAAA